AACAACAAGAUGAAACCUUGCUCCUGUGACACCUUUGUGGCAUUACCUCCAGCAACAGUUGGUAACAGGAUUAUUUUUGGAAAAAAUUCAGAUAGGCUCUGUGAUGAAGUUCAAGAGGUAGUUUAUUUUCCUGCUGCAGUUCAUGAUAACGUGGAAGAACAUCUUAAGUGUACUUACAUAGAAAUUGUGCAAGUGCCUGAGACAUAUGCUGUUGUCCUUAGUCGUCCAGCGUGGUUGUGGGGGGCAGAAAUGGGAGCCAAUGAACAUGGCGUUUGCAUUGGGAACGAAGCCGUGUGGGGAAGAGAAGAAGUCAGUGAUGAAGAGGCUCUCCUGGGCAUGGACCUUGUCAGGCUUGGCCUUGAAAGAGCUGAUACAGCGGAAAAAGCCCUCAGUGUCAUUGUUGAUUUGUUAGAAAGAUAUGGCCAGGGUGGAAAUUGUACAGAGGGUGGUAUGGAAUUCAGUUACCACAACAGCUUCCUGAUAGCUGAUAGGAAUGAAGCUUGGAUUUUGGAGACAGCAGGGAAGUACUGGGCAGCAGAAAAAGUACAAGAGGGAGUUCGUAAUAUCUCGAAUCAGUUGUCAGUAACAACUAAGAUUGAUCGGGAGCAUCCUGACAUGAGAAACUAUGCUAAGCAGAAAGGUUGGUGGGAUGGUAAAAAGGAGUUUGAUUUUGCUGCAACAUAUUCAUAUCUUGACACAGCCAAGAUGACAACUUCUUCAGGCAGAUACUGUGAAGGUUACAAACUUCUGAAUAAACAUAGAGGAAACAUAACUUUUGAAACAAUGAUGGACAUUCUCCGCGAUAAACCAAGUGGCAUUAAUAUGGAAGGAGGGUUCCUGACCACUGCCAGCAUGGUUUCCAUUCUACCUCAGGACUCCAGUAUUCCUUGCAUUCACUUCUUUACAGGGACCCCUGAUCCUGAGAGAUCUAUAUUUAAACCUUUCCUAUUUGUGCCAAAUAUUUCACAACUAUUGGAAACCAGCUCACCAACAUUUGAACUUGAAGAUCCAGUGAAAAAGAAGUCACAACCUAGGAUUAGACCUGACAGAAGACACCCACUCUACCAAAAUCAUCAACAGGCAUUGAAAGUUAAAGAGAAUGAUAAGGAAAAAGCCAACAAAAUGAUGGAUGACAUGAGAAAACUGGAGAAAGGACUGUUCAAAGAGAUGGAAACAAUCCUUGAAAACAAAUGUAUUGAUGUGGAUAAAGUUGUUAAUCUCUUUUCUCAGUGUGUAAAAGAUGAAAUAAAAAUUUACAAGUCAAAUAUUAAUCCUUAG